UGAAACUGCGCGCACGCGCUGUUGGAACAGUCGUGCGCUCCCUCGUUAAGUCGCCUCGUUGCCUUCUACUUUUAGAAAGCUUCUUUACGCAUGUGCAGGGCAGGAUAAUUUGUGUCUGUGUUUCCUAUGGUAAUUUGUGCUCUGAGGCGGCACCAUAGAGUUCUCUGCCUAGAAAGGCAUACGUGUAGGUAGCUGCCAUUUUGUAUCUUGCGUUUACGGGAAACGGGGGGGGGGCUUCCCCUCCGCCGGCCAAAACAGAGUGGAGAGCGACGUUACACGUUUGCCCUUACACGUUGUCGGUGGCGGACAGCGCCGCUUUUCCUCGGGGGUGUUAGUAGCUUCAGCUUUUGAAACAGGCGAAGGCGCCUUCCGUUGUGGAGACGCCUAAUAGCUCAGCAGCCGUUAGGGCAGGUAGUGGGAACGGGUGUCAAGGGGGCGUUCCCCGCUUUUAUUUCUCAUUUACCUCAGAAGGCUGUAGGCAGAAUAAUUAUACCGAAACUCUUGGGAGGCUAUCUGUAACGUGUUAAAAAGAGCCCCCUAAAGUAAAGCCGGGGGGGGGCUUAUUUGAUAACACACACACACACCCGCCACAGGGUUUUCCGUGCCUGGAUUCGUAUUUAUUGGGGCUGCUGUUGCCUGUCAUUCCAGUUCGUUUUUCCCAUAGGAAUUUCCAUUUAUUCCCAGUCUUUACACCUGAAGAAAUCCUGGAAAGCCCUCGAUGCUAUGGCUGCAAAAGGAGAGCGAAUCAUGUACAUAAAGGGAGACCUUUUUAUGUGUCCUGGAACAGACUCCCUUGCUCACUGCAUCAGUGAGGAUUGUCACAUGAGUGCUGGCAUAGCUGCCAUUUUUAAGAAGAAGUUUGGUGGUGUUCAAGAGCUCUUGAACCAGAAAAAGAAGACUGGAGAUGUGGCUGUUCUGCAGAGAGACAAUCGAUAUGUGUACUAUCUGAUUACAAAGAACAAAUACUUUCAUAAACCUACCUAUGGCAAUUUACAGAAGAGUCUGGAAGCUAUGAAACUCCACUGCAUGAAUAAUGGCGUAACUUGUAUUUCUAUGCCCAAGAUUGGGUGUGGACUUGACCGCCUGGAUUGGAAUAAAGUUUCAACCAUGCUUGAAGAAGUAUUUGAGGAUACAGAUGUUAGCAUUACAGUUUAUUCUCUGUAAUUAUUAGGGCAGUUUCUCUGUUAA